GUGACAGGGCUGAUCCGCUCGGGAGCCAUGAGAGAGGAGGACCGGCCGCUCUGGUACGACAUAUACGCCGCUCAUCCGCCGAGAUCUGAGCCCCGGGAAGAUCGUCAGUACGAAAACAAGCCCGUCAUGAACAUUCUCUACAAGGAGGAUAUCGUUCGAGCGUGA